AUGGGAAUCUUGGCAACAGAACGAAAGAAGAGAUUAACCUGGACGGAACAUCCCGCAACAGUUCAAAGCAGCCACAACAGCUCUAAACAGCAAGCCUUGAUUCAAGACCACCCAGCGAUCAGUGUGUUGGUGUGGCAAACUUACCAUGGACAGGGCUACGUCAAGGACCCGGCAAGCAGGACCCGAGUCGAGAAGAUUGUUCAAACGACGUACGAAUUUGAUCUGAGCGUAGCCAUUAUUGAAACGUUAAUCCUUUUCGUCAGCACCGAGAUUCGAGCCCAUGUGCUCAAAGGUAUAUCGAGCAUGGAGCACACGUUCUCGGGCUGGAUGAGGGACUUGAGACCGCAAGGACGGAGCUUAGUGAGUAAUGAUAGUGUUGGGGGGUUUCGACCAACGGGCGAAGAUGACUCGUGGUGCGAUCCUGGUGCGGAGAAACCGCUCAGCGAUUUGCCACCCAGCAAACGAUUUGUGUCAACCCCUGCCAGUCCGGAGUUCCCAGACGCUGUUCCAGCACUGGUUACUCUCUACCAAGUUCUGGAGGCAUCCGGCAUAUUGGAGGUUGGCACUUGGUGCACGCAGGGGUCGUCCCCUGCCCCGGCCAGUCAGCAAGCCACAGACAAAUACUGA